AUGGCAUCCAACACCUUCGACAUCGACGCCCUGCUCAAGAUCUACGGCGCCAGCCCCGACUACCGUCCCCAAUUCGAACACCGUGUUAACAUAGUCAAGUCAUGGAACAUCCUUCCCGGCUCUCGUGUCCUUGAAAUCGGUCCAGGCCAAGGCGACUGCACCAUCGUACUCGCAACAGCAGUGGGUGAGAGCGGACACGUCGACGCUGUGGAUCCUGCUCCUUUGAGCUACGGCUCCCCCAUCACAAUCGGCCAAUCCCAAGCCCAGCUCUCCGCCUCCCACCUCGGUCCCCGCAUCAGCUGGAUCGAAGACUCCCCGGACCACCACCUCUCCACCAACCCAACCCCAUACACCCACGUCAUCCUCUUCCACUCCCUCUGGUACUUCUCCUCCCCCUCCACCUUCCCCUCCCUCCUGCGCCUCCUCCCCGCCCACACGACCCCAGCCGCGAGCCUCUGCCUCGCCGAAUACGCCCUCCGCGCCCCGUCGCUAGCCUCGGUCCCGCACGUGCUCGCGGCCCUCACUUCGAGCAGGCUUCAGGCCGAAAGGGGGAGCGAGGAGAGGAAUGUGAGGAAUAUCAGCGGCCCGGAGUGGAUCAAGGAUGCGGCGGGGAGGGAGGGCUGGGCUGUCAAGGAUGAGAAGGUGGUGGUGCCGCCGAAGGGGCUGCAGGAUGGGAGGUGGGAGGUUUUGGGCAUACUGAGUCAAGGGUUCGAGAGGGAAGUGCAGGAGGUGGUGAAGCGGCAUGAAGGUCUGGGAGGGGUUUUGACGGGUAUGAAAGAGGCUGUGGUGGGAGCUUUGGAGGCGGUGGAGGGUGGGGUCAAGGGCGUGGAGACGAUGAGCGUUUGGGUUGGGAAGCUGGAUAAGGGACAGGGGUUGUAG